AUGGCUUCUGAAGUCACCGAUGAAAAAUUAGAUGAGUGUUGUCUCACUGAAUAUCAUCCAUUGCCUGGAACUCCACGAGGGCAAAUUAUCAAAAUCGCCGACAUUACUACUUAUUAUGUUUCGGGAACAGACAAUGCAUCCAAAAACAAGGCAAUUGUCCUCUUAACUGAUAUAUUCGGUCUGUCAAAAAAUCCACGUAUUACUGCUGAUGAAUUAUCUGAAAAAAGUGGUUUCGAUGUCUAUAUACCGGAUCUAUUUAAUGGAGAUGGGAUUGCUCCAUCAUUUCGAGAAGGUACACCAGAAGUUCCUGGAGAAACGAUGUCUAUUGGUACUAGAAUUUCCUUUGCUGGAAAAUUUGUAACGACCCUUGCUCCCUGGUUAUUUCGUCAUCGGCAAGCUGUCACUCUUCCCAUUGUGGAUAAAUUCUUCAAAACUCUUCGUUCGGAAAAUGGAGUUACCAGAAUACAAGCAGUUGGUUAUUGUUUUGGUGGUCUCUAUGCAUUAUUAGCUGGCAGCAAGGAACAUCAUCUUGCAGAUGUUGUUGUUGGUUGUCAUGUCUCACUGACCAAUAGAACGAACUAUGAACAGUUGGAUGUACCUGUGGCAUUUGUUUGUGCACAAGAAGACUAUCAAUUUACGGAUGCUCUUCGAGCAGAAGCAGAACAAAUUCUCUCGCGUAAAUCAGAAAUACCCAGUAAGUUUCUAUUAACAGAAGGAACUGUUCAUGGAUUUGCAGUCCGACCCAAUCCUAACAAUCCAGUCCUUAUGAAAGCAUACAAACAAGCCAAUGAUUUCAUCGUAGAAUGGGCCAAAACUUAUCUUUAA